CUAAGUGGAAAAUAAAGAGUGAGCGGCGGCUCGGAAAUGCAAUGCGGUCAGUGGCUUCUUUUUUUUUUAAUGAUUUGAAUUAACAAUCUUACCGUAUGUCGUGUAAAAUAGGAGAAGUGUUGCCGUUUGGGUCCAAUCAAGACUUCAGACCUCGAGCCUGUAAGUGGGUGAAUCGGCUUUGUUGCCAUAGGAUCCACAGGUUCUGAUCUUUGAUUCUUUUUUGUUUUUGUGGUUCAUUUAGAAGUAAAAGAAAAUACUUUUGUGGAGGGCUCUGGACUGAGGUGGCUGGAUUUGUGGGCGAGGAAACUGUUGCAUCACUCGAGUUUGCUGUCGCACAUCACGGACCUGCUCAUUCCGUUCAAGUGCCGGGGAUGAUGACGUUUCCUGUCGCCGUCUAGAUGAGAAAUUGCGAGCCGAGAAGCUGUAAAUUCACAAAUGGGCUCUUAAAACUGCUAAAAAAAAAAAACAAUCCCCGCACUUCUCGCAGAGCGUCACUUUGUCGCAGAGCGUCGCUUCUUUCAGUAGGUGGAUCUUCGCUCUUGGGGCAGAGGGAAGUUUCCUGCGCUGUCUGUGGUCCUGAACUCGCAUUUCUCACCCAGGAGUUGGCCUUGAAGGCAACUUGAAAGCAAAAGCGGAGUUUGGAGCAGCGGUCGUCCCAGCGGCAGCAGCAGCUCCUCAUAGGGCUGAACAUGCCAACUCUGCACAGAGUUCAACAGCAAGCGCUACUUCUGUUGUUGUUUGUCGGUAAGUGUUGCGUUUGAGGUCGGCUUCCACACCGCAUACAUGAGUGCUUUGGCUGUGGCGCAUUCACGGUUACGAACACUGACGUUUUCCAGACAAACUGAGGAACCCCAUUCCUUCGUUUCAUCUGAUGGGGAAACUGGGUCCACCUGAGCAGGCCAGUAUGUGUUGAUGUGGAUUCCGACACUGAAGCAGAGAUGGGAAGCUUCAAGAAGCUGACAUGCAUCUCUUGCUUGAAGAGGGAGGAACUCAAACCAAACACAAGUGUGAAUUGGUAUUUCACGUCAAGUGAAAACAACACAUAUGACAGAAUUCAUAUUUUCCAAAGCCUGAAUGGAGACUCAAAAAACCUGGAUGGACCUUUUAGAGACCGUCUGAUCUGGAAUGGUAGCAAAGACCUGCAAGACGUCUCCUUGUUGAUCCUAAACAUCUCAGAGAGAGACCGUGGUAUUUAUGAGUGCCGAGUUUUUCGUACGUUUGACUUUGGAGCCUAUACGCCAUCGACACUGACAACAAAGAACAUCACACUGACCGUGAAAGAAAAAGUCUCCAAUGACACCGCCGCAAUCUACUCUGAGAUCAUGAUGUAUGUCCUGCUGGUGUUCUUGACCUUGUGGCUGCUGGUGGAAAUGGUCUACUGCUACAGGAAGAUCUCAAAAUCUGAUGAGCAAGCGCAGGACACAGCGACGAACUACCUAGCCGUCCCUUCUGAGCAGAAAGACAAUCCAGUCGCUCCUGUUACCGAAUAAAAGCGCUUUUCAGUGACACGAUAUUAACCUCUCAGGAUGAUGGCACAGACAGCACAGUCCCAUCGGUGCCACCAUGAAGAUAUUUCUCCCAGACAGCGACGUGAAUCCCGCCAGCCAACCUUUCCUGUGUAUCCACCGUGUCUUAUAACAGAAAAGUGCUAUAUAAAUGUAUAUAUGUUUUCCCUUUCCUUCUUCUUUAUGAAAGCUCUGACAUCAAGUCUAGGACCUAUUAUCCGAUCAAUAUAGCCAUACUGUAGACUUUAAGAACCUGCUGAUGUGUUGAUGUACUACCCAUUUCCAAACAGCUGGUGUUGUGAGUUUUGUACCUCGACAUUAAUGCUUGACCUAAGGAGAGAGUCUGCUGUUUUAAAGACUCUUAAACUUACUCUGCCAUGUUUAUUUUUCUAACCUUUUUAUAGACCUUGUUGUGAGUUUUCAGGUCACAGAGUUCUUUGUCGUGGCCAGAAGUCUUUCCAUGAUGUUUUCAAUUGAAAAGCUUUCACACUUCUACGUGUCUGCAUACUCUCUGCUGUCCGUUAUGCGCCACAAAAUCGUGGAAAUGCUUAUAAACAUGAUAUUCCGCAAGAAAAGGACUUUAUUCAGCUGAAUUUAUUUGAAGUUUUUUACUCGCCUCUGUAUAAAUCUUUAAUCUACAUUCAUCUCUGAUGUCAACGUAUAUUCAGUAGGUCAAGUGGUACUGCACUUAGAGCUCCUAAAUGUAUUCUUGAAGCUUUGACUGUUCCUGAGUAUUGCUGUCGAGACCCAGUCUGUGCCUCCUUCAACGAUACAAAACUGUAGAAACAUUUCUAACUUGAUUCCAUCAUAUCCAGCCAUUUUCGUUCUGUUGCAAAUACAAUAAUUCAUCUGUGAAUUUUACAUUUUUAUCUUAAUAAAUAUACAUUCCACAGCGCGA